AUGACAGGGAAAACAAGGGCAGGGUUCUUAGACUUUGUCAUAGUUUUUGGCUGCACCGGCUUGAUAUUACAGUUCAGUGGCCGGAGAAUGUUUAACUAUUUGAAGUACAAGAGGAUAUUCCUAGAUGGAGAGAUGUUGGCCUUGAAUAAGAUGAUUACCAUUUCCCUCAACCCCCAGAUAUUCGCUAUACAUGAACAAAACAGGCUACUGAGAAUAGAUACUCCCAGGGAUCAGCUAACCAUCUUAGGAAGAGAUAAGUUUAACCCAGAAGCUUCUCGCCAAAGCUUCAGGUGUUUUCCAUACCCAGAAAAGGCAGGACCACGUGAAGUUGUGAGUCAGCUCUGGGCACUCUGCCUUCAAUGGCUGAGGCCAGAGAUUCACACAAAGGAACAGAUCCUGGAGCUAUUAGUACUAGAGCAAUUCCUGACCAUCUUGCCCAGUGAGAUCAGGAUUUGGGUGAAGUUGCAGCAUCCAAAGACUAUUGAAGAGGUGAUCACUUUGGUGGAGGAUUUGACUCAAAUACUUGAGGAGGAAGUCCUGUAUUCCCAAGAUUCUAUCCUUCCCCAAGAAGGAAAUAGAGAAAAGGUAGAAACAUCUACUGGGAUCCCAAAAGCCAGAUCUCAAGAAUUGAUGACUCUCAAAGAUGUGGCUCCAGACUUUACCUGGGAAGAGUGGGUACAAAUGGAUCCUGUUCAGAAGGAUUUAUACAAAGAUGUGCUGCUGGAGAACUAUAGCAACCCGAUUUUACUUGGGUUUUCAGCUUCCAAACCUGAUGUGGUCUCCCAGUUGGAGAAUGGGGAAUUACCUUGGGUGCUUAAGGAUCAAGACACAAGAAGCAUCUGUCCACAGCUUUCAGCUUCCAAACCUGAUGUGGUCUCCCAGAUGGAGAAUGGGGAAUUACCAUGGAUGCUUACAAACGAAGAAGUAAGAAACAUCUGUCCAUACUGGGAAACCGGGCUCCAAACCCAGGAGGCCACUCCAAAGCAGAAGACUUCUGUGGAAGAAUCAUCUCAGCAGAUGAUAGUAGAAAAAUCUCUUAAUCUUCAGAAAUUUCAUGCAGAAAACCAGACCUAUAAAUGUAAUGAAUGUGAGACAACUUUUAACAAGCAGAUACACCUUACUCAGCAUCAGAAAAUUCAUUCUGGAGAGAAAUCCUACACAUGUAAUGAAUGUGGGAAGGCUUUUUUCUUCAGGUUACACCUCACUCAACAUCAGAGAAUUCAUUCUGGAGGGAAGCCCUAUAAAUGUAUUGAAUGUGGGAAAGCCUUCUCACAGAGGGCACACCUUACCCAACAUCAGCACAUUCACAAUGGAGAAAAACCGUUCAAGUGUCCUGAAUGUGAAAAAGCCUUCAGUCUAAUCUCACAACUUAACCUUCAUCAAAGAAUCCAUUCUGAAGAGAACCCUUAUAAGUGUGGUGAAUGUGGGAAAGCCUUUACCUUCAGAUCGCGACUUAAUGAACAUCAGAUGAUUCAUGCUGGAAAGAAACCUUAUAAAUGUAAUGAGUGUGGGAAAACCUUUACAAAACAGUCAAAUCUUACUCAACAUGAAUAUACUCAUAUUGGAGAAAAACCAUUUAAGUGCAAUGAAUGUGGUAAAGGCUAUAACUACUUUUCACAAUUUAAUCUUCAUCAAAGAAUUCAUUCUGGAGAGAAACCCCAUAAAUGUAAUGUAUGUGGGAAAGCCUUCACUAAGCGAUCAAACCUUAAUCAGCAUCAGAAAAUUCAUUCUGGGGUAAAACCCCAUAAAUGUAAAGUAUGUGGAAAAGCCUUCACCAAGCGAUCAAACCUUAUUCAGCAUCAGGAAAUUCAUGCUGGAGAAAAGCCCUACAAAUGUAAUGAUUGUGGGAAAGCCUUUACCAAACGUUCUAACCUUACUCAACACCAGCAAAUUCAUGCUGGAAAAAAAUCCUAG